AUGUCAUCAUCAUAUAUGUCAAGACUUGAUUUUAUUUCACAACAAAUAACGAUUUAUUUGGGUUUAACUAUUCUAAUCGCAGGUGUAAUUGGUGGAUGUCUUACUGUGCUUAUCUUUUUGAGUCUUCGUACAUUCCGUGAAAGUUCAUGUGCAUUCUAUUUAAUUAUUAUGUCAAUUUUUAAUGUCUGUACAUUAAUAAUAGGACUUACAAGUCAAAUUAGUAGUAUAGGAUUUAGUAUCGAUUGGACGCAAACCUCAUUAUUCUUUUGCAAAUUCAGAGUUUUUUUUAUCAUAGUUUCUAUAAUGAUCUCAUUGACAAGUAUGUGUAUGGCAACUAUUGAUCAAUAUUGGGCAACCUGUCACCGCCCGCAAUGGCAACGAUUGUGUAAUAUCAAAUUAGCUCAUCGUAUUACCAUUAUAUCUAUUAUUGGAUGGAUUUUAUAUGGUAUUCCAUGUUUAAUCUAUUAUGAUAGAGUUACAUUCAUAUCAACCGGACAAGUUACUUGCAUAGUUACAAAUGCUGCUUUUCAAUGGUAUCUAGUUUAUGUUGCAAAUGUCAUUAUUUAUAGAUUAAUACCACUUAUAAUUAUGUUUGUUUUUGGUCUACUAGCUUAUUAUAAUUUGCAAAAAAUAGUCUUCAGAACAAUACCUAUUGUCCGGCGUCAAUUAGACAAACAAUUAACAACAAUGGUUUUAAUACAAAUUGGUUUUACUAGUUUUACUAUUUGGCCAUAUGCUAUCGUUAAUAUAAUUAUAUCAUAUUCAGAUCUUAAUGUAGAUUCAUAUAUUGCUGCACAAUUAGAACUGGCAAAUGUUAUAACUCUCAAUUUGUUGUAUAUGUUUUUUGCAAGUCCGUUCUAUAUAUAUCUUUGUGUAUCUGAACGUUUUCGUCGACAAUUUCUGCAUGUACUUAUCAACAUUCAUUUACGACAAUGGCAACGACGAAAUGUUGCUGUUAAUCAAGUGAUGCCUGAGGCUCUUCAAAAAUAA